AUGCAGGACGCCUACCUGUUACCUGCCAGUCAGGGUCGUCGGACCAGUGCGGAUUAUCGACCCAGCAUAAAAAAGGCCCAAGGACAUGUCCCCGCCUGCCUGGUCAAUGCCUCGGUGACGUACUGCAGCAAUGAUCGCAUUUAUGCGUUCGGGGGUUUUGACCAGUUUACCGAUGAAGUUUACAACCACGUUCUCAGGCUGGACCUGGAGACUUUGCAGUGGGAGCUCGUUGACAACUACGGCGAUAUCCCCGGAGUUCGCAUGGGACAUACGGCAACAUUAUACCAAGGGGAUAAAUUGAUUGUGUUUGGAGGCGAAAAUGAGCAUCGCGAAUACCUCUCCGACGUCGUCAUCCUUGAUCUCAAUAACUUCACCUGGGCACUUCCCGAAAUUCGUGGGUCCAUCCCGCGCGGCCGAGCCCGCCAUGCUGCUGUCAUUCACGAAGAUAAACUUUUUAUUGUGGGUGGAGUGACAGGUGUAGGAGGCGUGACAGGGGAGAAGAAUGUGAUCUUGGACGACUUGACCUACCUGGAUCUACAAACAUGGACUUGGUCUCGAACGUGGAGCUUCACUGCUCGCUUCGAUCAUACAGCUUGGGUCUGGGGCACACGACUGUGGAUAUUUGGUGGAUUGGGUCCGGACAUGGAACGAACGACUGAUAUCUGGUGGCUCGACCUCAAGGGAUCUCCAUCGCUGGCCGGAAACACUACUCCCCAAGGUAGCGUCAACUCCCUGGGCGUCAAUCUUUCCACGGCUCAUCUUCCAGACUCUAUAUCUAGCAGCACUCACCAAAUGUCUCCUCGCUCCGGAAUCUACGCCGCCAAUUCAGGCAGUGUACAGGUACGCAAUUUGGGUCGGCGCAAGCCAGUUGCGCCUGGUGCCAUAUCUUGUCUUAGGUUUGAUUCUGGCCCUCAUGUUCCCUCCCUCUUUUCUGGUACUCAUUUCCAUUCAUUUGCCUCUGGUGUCCUGCUCGACCUAAUUACGCCAUCGGAGACCGUACGGUCGCAUGAUUGUAACCUGUCGGCCCUGGACCUCAACUCGCUGCGCUGGCAACGGCUAGCUGAUGGCCAAGAGAUCUUCCGCCCCGGCUAUCGAUGGCACUACUGCACUGUCAAUGACGCGGGGACCAAAGCUUGGCUCUUGGGGUGUAGCCUUGAUGUUGCGAAUGUACCGGGAGGUAGUGACGAGAACCACAUGAGUGAAGUCCUGACUAUCGACCUGGAGAAGUAUGGUUUGCUAGGUAACGGCCUGUCGGCAGAACCUCCGGAACAAUGUGCACCUUGGCCGUCGGAUCAAAUGGGCCCGUCUCUGGUUUCCGGGCUCGGAACCGAUCUAGCCGCUGUUUUUGACCAACCCCCUGAGUCUGGAAGUGAUACGGACUUUGUCAUCACUGCUAUCCGUGACGAUCAUGACGGAUCCGUAUCGGAGGACAUGGGGGACACGCCGUCCGUCUCCCCAACCCAGGCUCAGCCGACCUUUGUGGAACAGAACCCUUGGACCUCAGAGCCCAUCCAUGUCCACCGUAUCAUUUUGCAGCUCAGGUGGCCACAUUUCAAGCGCCUGUACUCCGCCCAGAUGGCUGAGUACCACACUAAGCGGAUGCACAUCCCCGAGCCUUAUUCUGUCGUCCGCGCGUUUCUCUACUACCUGUACACAGACAGUAUCACCGGUCAUCCAGACUAUUGCUCGAACGCUAUCGAUGUGGCAGGUAUGCUUGUUAUGGCCAAUCUUUACGACAUGCCGAAGCUUCGCCUGCUAUGCGUCAAUAGGCUAAGCCAAGAGCUUGAUGUAGACAAUGCGGCGAUCGUCUGGGAGCGUGCCGGACGGACCAAUGAGCAUUGGUUGAUGCGCCGAGCUGCGCAGUUUUGCCUGACAUACUGGGGUCGCGUGGUACGAACAGACGGUUUCAAAUCCCUCAGCCACCAGAGUCUGAUCCAACUCUGCGAGGUGGUGGAUACAGAAGGUCGUAUCUUCGCAGGACCUGAAUUGGAGAUGGUCACGUUCGGGACAGAUUGCCUAGAUGAUCGAGACAAAAGCUCUCGACUGCUAGGAUCUAGUACAGAUGAAAUGUCCGAGGUUGGGGACGAUGAAGGGAUGGAAAUGUCAUGA